CCCUGGCCGGAGCCCGGCGGCAGCGAGGAGCCAUGGCGUCGGCGCGGAACGCCAGCGGGCUGGACAGCGCGAACAGCACCACGCUGUCGGGGGACGUGUGGAUGGUGGGCAUGGGCGUGCUCAUGUCGCUCAUCGUGCUGGCCAUCGUCUUCGGCAACGUGCUGGUGAUCACGGCCAUCGCGCGCUUCCAGCGCCUGCAGACGGUCACCAACUGCUUCAUCACGUCGCUGGCUUGCGCCGACCUGGUGAUGGGGCUGGCCGUGGUGCCCUUCGGCGCCAGCCACAUCAUGCUGCAGAUGUGGCAGUUCGGCAACUUCUGGUGCGAGUUCUGGACGUCGCUGGACGUGCUGUGCGUGACGGCCAGCAUCGAGACCUUGUGCGUCAUCGCCGUGGACCGCUACUUCGCCAUCACCUCGCCCUUCAAGUACCAGAGCCUGCUGACCAAGGGCAAGGCCCGCGUAGUCAUCCUCGUGGUGUGGCUGGUGUCAGCGCUCACCUCCUUCCUGCCCAUCCACAUGCACUGGUAUCAGGCGGAAAGCCGGGAGGCCCUGGACUGCUACGAGAAGGCCACGUGCUGCUACUUCUUCACCAACCAGGCCUACGCCAUCGCCUCCUCCAUCAUCUCCUUCUACCUGCCCUUGGUGGUCAUGGUCUUCGUCUACGCCCGGGUCUUCCAGGUGGCCAAGCAGCAGCUGAAGAAGAUCGACAGGUUCCACGUCCAGGGCUGCCAGCAGCCCGAGCACAGCGGCCGGCCGGGCCGGCGCGCCUCCAAGUUCUGCCUCAAGGAGCACAAAGCCCUGAAGACCCUGGGCAUCAUCAUGGGCACCUUCACGCUGUGCUGGCUGCCCUUCUUCAUCGUCAACAUCGUGCACGUCAUCCAGGACAACAUCAUCCCCAAUUACCUGUACACCCUCCUCAACUGGCUGGGCUAUGUCAAUUCCGCUUUCAACCCGCUCAUCUACUGCCGCAGCCCGGACUUCAGGUUCGCCUUCCAGGAGCUGCUGUGCCUGCGCCGCUCCGCCCUCAAGCUCUACGCCAAUGGAUACUCCAACAGCAACGGCAGGAGCGACUUCCACGAGGAGGACAACGGCUACCACUCGGGGCCGGAUAAGCCUUGCGAGCUGCUGUGCGAGGGAGGUGCCGUCGCGGCCACAGGAGGCUUGUUGCACUGUCAAGAGAUUCCUGGCUGUCCUGGAAUGGUUGAGAGUUGAAUGGAUGGACCUCUCGUCCUCACCACCCUGAGCUCACAGGGCUCUGAAAAGAUAGAAAGCAGGAGUGCAGUCAAGCUUCUUUGAGACUGGGGACACUGUGGGAAACUACCAUUUUGGCAACUGCCUUCAUCCCAGCCCAUCACCCAUGAGGAGUCAUCCAAAGGAGAAGUUGAAGUAGUGACAAAGAACCAAUGAGGAUCCAUCUGCACUUCAAGCAUGUAGGGAACAUGGAAAAGGGGUAUCUGCAUUGAAAGAACCACUUUCCAGGAGUCAGCCAUGUGUCCAACCUGGGAAGGCUGUGGCAAGGCACAACAGAAGAAGGAUCUCUUAGCACCAAACGAGCUGAGUAUUCAAACAGGGAGAAGGACACCAGUGGGUUUCCCUGCCACACCAACCUUGGAAAGCAUAGUUGUAAAAGGAAUGAAAGCUCCAGUGAUGCACUGUUCUCUUUAUAGGCUAAUUAAUGGAGGAAAUGUCAAGCUCACUGCUGCAUGGUCAGGCCAGGUUAGGAACAUGUCCAGGUUUUGCCUGGCUGUGGGUUUUAAAUGAAAAUGAGAAAACUAUUAAAGACUAGAAAGAGAAGGAAUGUUGAAAUUUGCUUUGACUUCGUCUUAGCUUCUAUCCGUGGUACCUUUCCUGUCUCUCUCUAGACAUAUAAGUACCCUGCACAAUAUACUGUCUCACUCAAGAGAAAGAGCACUAUUAUGAUGGGUCAAAUACUGAUGUCCUCAGGUGGCUUUUACUCAGUUCUUUUUCAGCCUAAGCUCCUAUUAACUCCAGCACACUGGCUUCAAUGGCAUUGUACUUGAGCAUGGCCUAAAGUGAUCUGACUCUAUACUUUUGCCCUGAGCAGGGAUGAGAGGAGAUCUACGUUACCUUUACUUUUUCAGCACCAAUGUGCAAGCAUCACUAAAGCCCAGUUUUUACACUUGCACACCAAUACCAUACAACAUCCAAACUCCUCAUACGCCUAUGAAGAAUGGCAAGUCCACACAUAUGCAUCUUGAACACUGGGCUCCCCAAGCUUGUAAACACACAAAGACAAUACAGAAGGGCUCUAAAGAAAAAAGCUACUGGUUUGUUUAUUAACAGCUUGAUUCCAUGAUGUCUGGAGGAUGUCCGACAGAUGUAUUUAGAAUCCUCAUUCCCCAGCUGGCUUCACAAGAGUUGAGAGACCAGCACUUUCCAGAAGCUCAGCAUCUCAAAAGAUCAGGAAGCCCUUAAUCAUUUAGAAGAGAACAGAGAGCACUACAGGCCCCAACAACAACCGAUAGGAAAGAAACUCAAACAGUAGGAAAACAUCGCAGUCUUAAUGGUAAAUGACUGUCCUGUUUGCAGACUAACCUACCCAGCCUGUGACUGCAGGUCUCAGUGCAACAACCUGCUUACAGCCACCUGAGCUCUAAGUACCAGCAGUGGUGAUGGCAGCCUGGCUGCCUGCAGACGGCAGCUGAACUCUGCUUACAGUCCUGGUUUGACAUGAACUGCGCAGACAGCCUGGGUUUCCACUUCUGAAACCUUCCACAAGGAUGUGCAAUUGUAUUUAUUUAUUUAUUUAUUGCUACUCAAUGUAAAGCCGUACACCCACCCACACUUCAGUCUGUUGUCAGCCAGCUUCUUAACUGGCGUCUGUAAAGAGAGUCACUGAGAAUGCCUACUGUGUAGCGGGCCGUCAGCUCUAGCACAAUAAAAACAAGCUGUUUCAUCUUG